CUUUGAUAAAUGUUAAUCGCCAAUGUGUCUACUAUAGAUUCAAGAUUCAAAGGACGAUGACGCUCUGCUCUUCAGGAGGAGGAGGAAAGAGGAGGAAGGAGUCAGGAUGAGGAGAAGUGUCACACCCUGAAGUCUCUCUUCAGUCUGACGGUUUCCUCUGAAGAUGCUAAGUUUCUUGAUCUUCUGUCACGUCUGGAUCCUGCACACAGAUCUGAUCUGCUGCAGUGAGAACUCCACAGUGAUCCGGGUUUCAGUCCCAGAGGAACACCACCUCUGCCUCAUGUGUGGCGUUGCUGAUGGCUCCAAUGUGGUCUGGACUCAUGAGGGCAGGACGGUCCCGGUGUCCCGACAGGGGGCGUACGAAGACCCUGAACGUUACCUGCUGCUGUCUGACGGCAGCCUGCUCCUCCUGAAGCUGGAGGACUCGGACGGCGGGGAGUACAGCUGCAACGAGAGGCGGGUGGCCGAGCUGCAGGUGCUCUCAGGCCUGAACCUCCGGGUCUCUGCAGGCCGCAUGCUGCUGCUCCCCUGCAGAGGCUCCCAGAGACCCAAACAGAGGUGGUUUCGUCGCAGGAAGGCAGGGGUGCCCCGGGAGCUGAUCUUCACCUGGUACAGAAACGGGACUGGGACACCAGAGAGGGAGGGGAGCCGGCUCAGCUACGGGAACGACGCCCUGCAGAUCCAGGACCUGCAGCUAGAGGACGCUGGAGAGUAUACGUGCAAUGGACGCCUGCGGGCCCGACUCACGGUCCUCACAGUGCAGCCUGAGCCGACCAGCAUCCUGCAGACCAGCAAACCUGCAACACCUGACGUCAUCACUGCAGCGGAAACAAAGAAAAAGGAGAAGAAGAGAACAGAGAACGUCCUGCUGAUGGUCGCCGUGGUCGGGUUGGGGCUGAUGAUCCUGUUCCUGGCUGCUGUUUGUGUUUUACUCACCAGCAUGAGGUGCAGGAAGGAGAAGAAGUACAGCAAGACGGCUUCACAGAUGCAGGAAGACACCGAGCUACAGCCGUGGAAAACACCAAACACACAAACCGACGGUGAGGGAAGCGAAAGCCCGCCUCUGCCUCCGCCCGAGGAGACGAUCCACUACGCCUCUCUGGGCCGGCAGAACUGGAGGGAGAGACCCUGCAGGACUCCACCAGAUCAGAACAACCACAACGUCAUCUACUCGUCCGUCAUCACCAGACCUGCAGCCAGAUGAGACUUCAGCCUGUCAUAAGAGACGUGCCCAAACUGCACAAAUUCAACUCCGCCAGUAUUUCUGCAUCACUUCCUGUGAAAACUGUCAUAUUUAACUUAAUUUAAGACACUUUGACAUGACAAGUCCAGAUAUGCAUCUUAAUUCAAGAUACUACAAGUUAAAGAUGAGUCCUACAUUUCCUCUAAUGUGUUAAAACAAUCAGCCAUGAUGGUAAACUCAAUUAAGUUGUUCCAAUCAAUGCAGGUUUUAUUUUGAACUACAUCCUGAAAUAAGAUGCUUUUAUUCUGUCGAGUUGCAGUUCUGUUGUCACUUUAAGGAUGUCAGGCAGAGAAAAGUCUGCAGGAAAGCUGCUCCUGUUUUCAUUUAAUGUACAGAACAAACAACGAAGAGAUGAAUGUGGUUAUCAGAGACCUGAGGGAUACUGGGAGGUCGUUUUGGAGCCGUUGCAGAGAGGAAAGCUGUCUUUUUCCUGCUUCCAGUCUUUAUGCUAAGCUAAGCUAACCUACAA